CCUUGCAAAGGAGGAAUAUGAUCGGCCCCUGCUGGGGCUGAGGAGCUGCUUUCUAAUAUACUAAUAAUAAUACGUACUGGGGAGGUUCCCCUAACUCGCUUCAUAGAGCAGCUUUCUUGCACUGACCUUUGCAGAGAAUAGGCUGUAACUCAGACUUCUGAUAUUUUUAUUACCAUCUAUUCGAGGGAUAGCCGCUACGUCGCCGUUUUAUUUAUUACCAGAGUGAUCCUGAUUUGAUCAAAUAUCACCAUAUGGCAGCGUGAUGUUUCUCUUCCUCCUUUUCCUGCUCCCGAUGCAGUUCACAUGCAUGCACUCAUCAGCUCUCUGUCCUUCUCUCUUCUUCUGCCCACCCCUGCAGUCCUCACAUGCAAGCACACACUCUCCCACAGCACCCUUUGUUAGAGCCCCCCCCUCUGGCGUUCGCCCCAGUGGACCCCGCCUCGGGUCCCAGACUGGUCAAAUGUGAGCGUUGGCCCCUCUUGGGGCGCCAAGACCCCCGGGAGCCCCCGGACCCCUUUGACUAUGAGAGCGUUUCCCCCGACCUGGAGAACGACGACAUGUUCGCCAGGCGGACGCUGGCCUUCCAGUCCAACGCGGACAUGGCCAUGAUGAAGACCCGGCUUUCCGCCAGCCGCCGGGCGUACUCGUCCGAGCCGCAGCUCAACAUCGUCACCCAGCGGCGCGACGAGGACCAGUACCCCGACAUCGAGCAGGACGACGUGGUCUAUCGCAAGGAGAAGAGCCAGCGGGCUCUGCAGCAGCGGCCUCUCUCGGGAGCACCGGACCGCUACGCCCCCAUGGCCGUCCCCGAGCCGUGGGCUCUGCCCCCCGAUCUCAAGGCCAGACUGCUGUGCCCGCCGUGCCCCCUGACUCGGGAGGACGCUGCGCAUGGGCAGGAUCGGGCCGGGGAGGAGGCGCGCCCCAAGACAGACGACAUGCUGGUCCGGAAGCUCUGUCCCGAUCGGAGCCAGAGCUCACAGAGGGACGCGCCGGCCAACCAGGCGACGCCCUCGGUGCCGUCGUCCUGCAGCGAAGGCGACCUGCGGAGAUGGCAGGAGAUCCGGGAAGCCGGCCGGCUGAGAUACAAGAAGAGGCUCAUGGUGGAGAGGCUGGCUGCUCUGAAGUUGUGAAGGCAGAUCGGCGCGUUAGUCGACUGUCCGUGUGUCAGAGCAGAUAGUCGUCAGACUUGCGCGUCGAUCCAACUUGUGAGGGCCGUCUCUUGGAGCUCUUCUUCGUGAAAACAAAUAGGUGCCUUCGCACGGUCAGUCGCACAAACUGCAACAGAGGCACGGCAACAGCUCUGUCUUGUUUAUUCAUUGUUUGUUGUUUAUUGUUACCAUAAGGUGUUUUCCCCGUUUACAAGAAACUGCAGGCAAACUGGUUUUCCAGCUCAACGGGGGUAUGGUUCAUUUGACUGUGAGACUGUGCAUGGAAACCUGCCGCUACUGUGUUUUUGAAGAGUGACUUUGAACAAAGCAACUGUUUAAACAGAGCCGAGUUCUGCAUUUAGUCUUUGGUGUUGUUUUUCUAUCCGACCGGGUUUGCCUGUGAAUGGAAAAAAACAUAUAUAAGAGCUUAAUAAAUAAAAUAAAGACCUCGUGAUCUCGUGA